GUCUAUGCUACCAAGUGCGAUCGAAGUAUUUAAAAUCUAACUGUGCGUGGUGAGUUUGUUCAAUGGUGUCGCAUGAGCAGACGUUAACGGACGUGUCAAAGGUCGCGAGGAAGCAAUAAUCCAAUAAUAAUAGUUCACAGAGUGGUUGUUGAUAAAUAUUGGAUUAAAGAGUUUGCAAAGCGAUAAAUAUCUAACAAAUAAAAAAAAAAAAUUUAAUAAAAUAAAAGCAAGCAAUUUUUAUUGAAAUAGUUGUGGAAUGUUAACGAAUAUGGAGAAUAGUGGCCAUAGUGUUAAUGGCGGAGGUGUAUUAGUGAGCCUUAGUAAGGCGGCGCUCACAACGCCUUUCUCCAUAAAUGAUAUUUUAACGCGCAACAACAAUAGCUUAAAUGCAGCACAACAGCAACAGCUGCGGCGGCGACUCUCCGACACGGAAAUGUCGUUUAACGCGGAAGCAGCAGUCGCCACAGAUUUUCGUCAAAAUCAGGCACGUGAAUUGAAAGACGGUUUGAAAACGUCUGCUUCGUGUUGCCAUAUCGGCGCGAGUGAAUUUAAUAACAGUAAAUUAAGUGCUGCUUUAGAAAACGGCGCCUCGCGCAAGCCCUCCAACAAUUCGAGUCCGAUCUGUGAAAUGCGCACUGCGGUCGCAAAGUACUCGGCAUCAUCGGCGGCGGCCCGCGGAACAGGCGGCGCACAAAGCAGCAAUUGUGAAAAUAACGAUUUUAUGCCCUACUAUAUGGCCACUUUGGAUAAUAACAAUCACAGUGAUUACCAGCUAGCGCGAAAGUUCGGUUAUAUCGGUACGGCGGGUUUGGUGGGCGAACGCGAUUGUCCCAUUGACAUGCGACGUUGCAGCAAUAAUGAAUCAGACUCUGAGUCUUCACCGCCACCGUCAAUGUUGUCGCUUUAUGGUGGCGCCUCUGCGCAUUCCGCCAGUAAUAGCUGCAUGGGAAGCACUUCACCUACGCUGCAUGACACAGACGCGCUCAACGCUUCGCUGAGCCGUAAGAAGCGUUCACGUGCCGCUUUCAGUCACGCGCAAGUAUUUGAGCUAGAGCGUCGUUUCGCACAACAGCGUUAUCUCAGCGGCCCGGAACGUGCCGAAAUGGCCAAAAAUCUGCGUUUGACCGAGACACAGGUGAAGAUUUGGUUCCAGAAUCGCCGUUACAAGACGAAGCGCAAACAAAUUCAGCAGCAUGAAGCCGCGCUGAUGAGCGCCGCCACGAAGCGUGUGCCAGUGCAGGUGUUAGUGCGCGAGGACGGCAGCGGUGCGGCGACGGCAGCAGCGGCUGCUGCAUAUGCCCACAUGUUACCGACGCAUGGCAUUGAUCCCGCACUACUGCAUAUUUAUCGUCAUCAGUUGCAAAUGGCUUACGGCGUAGGCGUUUCAUUGCCUCAAGUAUCGUUUCCUUAUUUCUAUCCGCAAGCGUCGAAAAUACCUCAACCCAUACCACCGCCCAGUCAGUCGUCGGCGAACGGUUCAGUUGCUGGCGGUUUUGCCAUACACGCUGCGGGAAAUCACGCAAAUAUAAAUAACAAUAACAAUUUUGAGAUCACAAAAAAUGCAUUGAAUUUCGCUAAAAUGGAGCACGGCAUGCGUUACAUACAAUGCUCCUCGGCCUCCUCAUCACCCACGCAUGGCAACACGCUCGCCAGUGGCGACAGCAGUAGCCCAUCGAGAUCAUGCUCCAGUCCAACUGCCAUGGAUGCCGCUGGCGCCAUGUUGACAUCAGCCAUGUCUGCGGAUACGGAAAGCUGCGCUGAGACGCACUCCGCUACGACGGAGGAUUGUGAUGAGAAUGUGGAAAUUGAUUAGAUAAUCCGUUAGAUAAUACUUCUAUCUGAAACGUUGCUGUGUGUCUAUGUAAUGUAAAAAUUUGUGUGGCGCAGUGUCGCAAAACCAGCAAAUAAUAUGAUAAAAAUUAACAAAAUUUGUGAUAGUGAAAGUUUUAAUUGGCUUAGUGGGCAUAUGUACUUUUAGAAUUGUAAUUAAUUGUAGUUAGUUGUUUAAUUUAGUUUUAGAAAUAAGCAUACGU